CAUCAAUUCACAACCUCCUCCACUCCCAAUCCUCUCCACAAUGUCUUCGUUAAAGCAUACGUCGAUCCCCAAGGAAUCAUUCGACGACAUCCUAUCACGCUAUUCCGCCACGGCUCCGGACAAGCUCCAAGACCUGGAUACCCUGCGCUACGAAACCAUCCCCGCCACGCUGGCAGAGCGCAAGAAAAGCGGCGCCGCGUACCUAAAGAAGGAAGAAGUAGAGAAGCUCGUGGAGUGGAAGCUGAAACACGGCACAUUUCGCCCCAAACUCCUCCAGCUCGUGCAAUCCAACCCCUCCUCUCUCAUUGAAGAUACAACACGCAAAGCCUUCGCCAUCAUCACCCCGGAGCAGCCGCUGAAGGCGCUCAAGGUCUUGACUGAGCUAAAGGGUAUCGGACCCGCUACUGCCUCGCUCCUCUUAUCCGUCUGUGACCCGGACGAGGUGCCGUUUUUCUCGGAUGAGCUUUUCCGUUGGGUGAUGUGGGAUGAGGAGGGUGGCGGUGGCCCGAGCGGGUGGAAGAGGGCGAUUAAGUAUAAUAAUAAAGAGUAUGGGGAGUUGGUGAAGCGGGUUAAGGAUGGCGUGGAAAGGCUGCAGGUGAGCGCGGUGGACUGUGAGAGGGUGGCAUGGGUGCUGGGGAAGGAGGGGGUGGAUGUUGUGAAGAGUGGUGAGGGGGUUGUGAAUGAGGACGUCGAAAAGGCCAGUAAAGGCGUAAAGAAGUUGGCGAAAGAGGAACGGGUAGUAAAGGGCAAGCGCAAGGGGAAGGAGGUGGCGAAAGAAGAGAAGAAGGGCGUGAAGCGGAAAGUUGAGGCUAUGAAGCCUGCUGUUGCAGAGGGUGUGAGGAGGAGUAGCAGGAGAAAGAUGGGGAGUUGAUUACACGGAUGCCGAAGGCAAUCAUGAGCGUUGCGAAAUUCAUUAUCAUUGAACGCGAUUCCACACGUAUUUUGUACAAAGCACUCCAGAAAAAAAGCGGAUCCGAAGUGUUCUAAAACACUUCAAGAAGGCAUUAUAACUCCAGACGCCGAAACCGUUCCGCUAUAUCACAUGGGUAUCCAUAUACCAACAACGCCCC